AUACGUGCAUACAUAGUUUCCACAUGAAAUGUACAUUCAUUCAGUUAUCGCCCGUUAAUGUUUUAGCUAGUGGUCGUCAGACUGUCACAUAAUACGGUUGCCUGGUUGUCUGUAUAUACCGCCUAUUUAAAGUACUGUUGUUUUUUCGGUGAAGUUAUUCAUUUCUUCCUUUGCAAAUUGUUUUCCCGUUUUUAAUAGUUUACUUUUCCGAUAUAAUUAGCCGGUCGUUUUUUUGCUGCGAGCAAUUUUGUGAGAAAUUAAAAAAAAAAUUGUAUUUAGUUGCGAAUAAUUUCAAUUAACCGCAAAUUUUGUUGAGAUUUUUGCGCUUAUUAAAAAAGGACCCAUUGCAUUCUAAAAAAAUUCCAUUUGUGUUAAAUUAACCUAAAAUCAUCAACAACAAUGUCGAACUCAAUAUUUUCUGGAGUUGAACAAGGUCCGGCAAUUGAAGUAUUUGCCUUGAAUCGUGCUUUUCAAGAAGAUACUCAUCCCAAAAAAGCAAACUUGGGUGUAGGAGCAUAUCGUACCAGUGAGGGUAAACCCUGGGUGUUGCCUGUGGUCCGUAAAACCGAAAUCAAAAUUGCCAGCGAUGAGGCAAUUAACCAUGAAUAUUUGCCCGUAUUAGGCACUGAAGCAUUUACCAAAGCAGCAACAACAUUGCUGUUGGGAGAAGAUUCACCGGCACUCAAAGAAAAUAGGGCCUUUGGCGUACAAACCCUGUCAGGUACAGGUGCCUUGCGUAUUGGUGCUGAAUUUUUACGUCGCCAUAUGAAUCGCACUGUUUUCUAUUACUCAGACCCCACAUGGGAAAAUCACCAUAAGGUCUUCAUGGAUGCUGGUUUCCAACAGCCCAACACUUAUCGUUACUGGGAUCAAAACAAACGUGUGCUGGACAUUGAUGGUUUGUUGGCUGAUCUGGAAAAGGCCCCCGAAGGAGCUGUUAUUAUUUUGCACGCCUGUGCCCACAAUCCUACCGGUUGUGAUCCUACGCAAGAACAAUGGGUACAAAUUGCCGAUUUAAUUGAGCGCAAAAAAUUAUUCCCAUUCUUCGAUUCGGCCUAUCAAGGAUUUGCCAGUGGUGAUCCCGAUCAUGAUGCUUGGGCUGUACGUUACUUUGUGAAGCGUGGUUUUGAGCUAUUCUGCGCUCAAUCGUUUGCCAAGAAUUUUGGUUUGUAUUGUGAGCGUGUUGGUAAUCUGUCAGUUGUUUCGAACACCACAGAACACAAAUCGGCUGUACAAUCUCAGUUUACUCUCUUGAUACGUGGCAUGUAUUCGAAUCCUCCUGCUUUUGGUAGCCGCAUUGUAUCGACUGUUUUGAAUAACCCCGACUUGAGACAAGAAUGGAUGGAGUGCAUAAAAACCAUGUCCAGUCGAAUUAUUAAAAUGCGUCAAGCUUUAAGAUCUCGCCUUGAAGAAUUGAAGACUCCUGGUACAUGGAAUCAUAUUACCCAACAGAUUGGCAUGUUCUCCUAUACUGGUCUAAAUGAAAAACAAGUACGCAUUUUGAUUGAUGAAUACCACAUCUAUUUAUUGAAAACUGGACGUAUCAAUAUGUGUGGCUUGAAUGAGAACAAUGUAAAUUAUGUGGCUGAGGCUAUCAAUGCUGCCGUUACCCGUGUGGGCAGUCAAUUGUAAAUUGAAUAGCCGACAUUGUUAAUUAAAUAUUUUUUUAUAAGUUAUUUACAAAAGAAAGAGAUUUGCACAAUUUCCAAUUAAAACAUAACAAUAGCUGAAAUUGUAGAAUAAUAAAAACACACAAACACAAACAUAAACCGAAACACAUAGGA